AUGGUCUCCUACACUCCCAUCCGCAUGUCGGAAUUCAAGAGCAACUAUGGUCCUAAGUACCAUGCUCAGCCCAACGUUGCAGGCUUCACCCCUCAGGCUGCCUUCCGAAUCGGCUCCCGUCUGGCUAUGUACGGUGCCCCCGCCGCUGUUGCUGUCCUCCUCUUCGCCAACGGUAUUCCCCGUGUGCAGCGCGACGUUCUCCAGAAGAUCCCUUUCCUUGGCAACUACUUCCGAAAGGAGAUCCACCCCGCCGACAACCCUUUCUAA